AGUAAAGCAUCUACCUCACUAGGAAUGUCAUCAUUACCAACUUCAGAUGGAUUUACCCAUCCAGCCCAUUCUUCAGGACCAAGUCCUGAGAUUGGUAAUCCUAUGAGUCUUGCUCACUCUGCCUUUGCUUCAGUCUGCCCUAUCAAGCUCAGUGACCCAGAUAGCAUUCAACCUAAAGCUGUAAAGGCUUUGAAGGCUUCAGUUGAAUUCCAGAUGAACUCAAAAAAGAAAGAACUUCUUCCUCUACAGGAUCCUUCUGAUCAUGUUUCCUCAGCAGACCAGAGUCCAGCUAUGCCUUUGCAUAAUUCAUCUGAAGAAGCAGUCAUUAGAGAUAAUCUGGAGAAAUUUGCUGAAAGAAGCAGCCAGGCUCUCCAUACAAGACAGGGAGCUAGUUUAUCUGUCACAACUGGGAUGCAUGAACCACUGAUGCUUGUAGACAAAAAGUGUUGGCACCCAGAAAAUCAGAACCUGCAUCAACUCAAUGGCCUUCACCAACACACAGAGCCAGGGAACAAACAGCAUGAGGUACAGCAGAAUGCUCCUCAUGACCAAGGACAUCUUUGUGACCUGGGGGACAUUCAACUUCCUGAAGAAAAGCAACAGGAUCAACAGAAAAUUGUUGAUUUGAAAGCUUCGAUGAAGGAAGAGGGACUACAGCAGAACUCAGAUCUACCCAGCCCAGAGAAAAGCUUUCUACCUUCAGGAUGCUUUGGCUCCUCGAAUUCAGAAAUGCUUAUGGAAAUAGAGGUGGUUGAACAGUCCAUAGUUUCUGUGCUUAAGUCAACAUGCAGUCAGAAUGCCAAUGUUGAGAACAUUGGUGUAUCUAGUCUCACUUCAGAUAAUCCCUUGAUGGAAGUAGAAACAUCAAAAUGUAAUCCUUCAUCUGCAAGUGUGAAUAAUUCCAUUUCCACUCAGAAUUUACCCCCAGAAAGUAACAUUGAAAUGUCUGGAACAAAUAAUGAAUAUGGCAACAGCCUACCCACUCUCAGUCUCUGUGGCAGUUGUCAGCCCUCUGUGGAGUCAACAGAAGAAUCUUGUUCGUCUGUAACAGCAGCCUUGAAAGAACUUCAUGAACUUUUGGUCAGUAGUAGUAAGCCAGCUCCAGAAAAUACAUCUAAAGUUAUCUGUCAGUCAGAAACGAUACCUGAGGGCCAAAAGGGUGUUAAAGACUUUUCAGAAAGAUGGACUCAGAAUGAUCAUCUGCCCCACAGAGAACCGUGUCCACAAGUCUUCUGUCAUCAGGCCAGUUCUGUAUCAGUGAAGUCAGAAAGCUUAGGCGCUGUGCCUGGCACUGGAACAGAAGACACAGAAGAUUCUAGCUCCCAGGGUCCAAGUGAUGGUCUGUCAGCUGACAAGGACGGUGUCCCCAGAUCUACAGAGUCAGUGAGUGAGAGCAGUUCUGUCACUAUAACCUCAGCUGAAUCAUCUAAUCAGUUACAUUGCACCUUAGGUGUAGAAAUUUCGCCCAGUCUCACAGCCAGUGAGGAUGCCCUCAGUCAGACUUCUGAGCAAACUGAGUCUUUGCCAUCUAGUUUUAUACUGGUUAAAGACCUGGGUCAUGGCAUACAGAAUCUGGCAACAGACAGGCCCGAAACCAGAGAAAAUGCCUGUCCUGACACUGCAAGGCCAUUUCUUGAAUUGGAUCCACUUACCAGUCAUCUAUCAAGUCCUUCCCUUCUUUCACCCUUAAUUUUUCCUGCCACAGAUAUUGACCGGAUUCUCUGGGCUGGCUUUACUUUGCAGGAAGCUCUUGGGGCAUUGCAUCGUGUUGGAGGAAAUGCAGACCUUGCACUUCUUGUUUUGCUAGCAAAGAACAUUGUAGUUGCUACAUAACUAUGGGAAAGUGGGCUAGACCAUACUCCAUUCCCUUUAAAAAAAGAAAAA